AAUUCGGCCACAAGAAUCCGGCCGGCUCAACCGGAUCUGCGAGCACGCUCUCUUUAUAUUCCUACAGCAACACCUGAAAAGCUGACUCGGCUUCAAAGAACGAUCAGGAACACAUUAGCGAUUUCUCCUUUCGCGCUCGUAUAACAUGUCUUUUAAAAGCAUAAUACCGGACAGUGAAGCGUUUGAUGAUUUUAGGAGUCAAUGUUUGUCGACUGAAAAUUGGCAGGAACGGUAUAACAAAGGAAGCAUGCAGGUGUGGAUGGAGGUUUCCAAGAAAAAAGGGGAAGGAGGGCCUAAAGUGCACAAGAUCAAGUGUAAAAACACAAUAAAAGAUGUCUCAGCGGAAACCAUGUAUGACGUCAUCCAUGACAGCAAGUACCGUAAGACAUGGGAUAAAGUCAUGCUUAAGAGUCAGGACAUCGCCAAAGUCUCUGCAUGCGCCGACAUCGGCUACUACGCGUGGAAUUGUCCGAAACCCAUCAAGAAUCGAGACGUGGUGACCCUGCGCACGUGGCGAGUAACAGACGACGAUUACUCGGUCAUCAACUUCUCCGUCAAACAUCCGGAAUAUCCUCCCAUAAAAGAAGCGGUGAGAGCCGUUUCCAUCCUGACCGGCUAUUAUAUCAAGCCUACUGGGCCCAACAGCUGCAUUUUCAUAUAUCUCUCGCAAGCUGACCCAAGAGGUUCUCUUCCAAAGUGGCUAGUAAAGAAAGUUUCUGAAGUAAUGGCGCCAUCGGUGCUGAAGGAUGUGCAUAAGGCAGGUCAACGGUAUCCCAGUUGGAAAGCUGAAAACUGCCCGGAGUACAAGCCCUGGCGGAACCCCACGCAGUGCACCUUGCCCAUGAUUGACCCGUCCAUACUGGCCAUCCAGCGGUGCGACUCACUGGAGAACGUAGAUGAGAGCGGCGCGCAGGAACAAAACGCAGAAAGUUAGGAAUGACGCGUUUACGCAUUUUCAAAUCACCUCAUGGUAUGCUGAAAUAAGUUUCACCUGUUGGGCGUUGUUGCUGCACUACAUUUUUUUUACAGGUUUUUUUUUUUCUUUGUCAUGAAGCGAUUGUUUGAAGAAAAUUAUGUGGUUUUACUUUCAAUGGCACACUUCUUUGUAGUGCUGUACGAUAUGAUGAUACAGUAUAUAUCGCCAAAACAAUACACAACUUACAACUUUUUACAUCAUCUUUUUUGCCUGAAGUAGACCUGUUCCUGCAAUGCACAAUUAAGCCAUCAAAUAGGGCCCAAUUUGCGCUGACUUGCUAUAUUGAUGGGAUUCCAUGCACCGUAGUACUACCACCGAUCUGCCUCAAGAAGUCCCUAUGUCCACUCAAUAGUUUGCCCAUUGGCUAACCCUGCCAACUAUACAUGAGUAACGCAUGUAAGAGAAAUGAAAAUAGUAACACAUACAGGGUAUAAUGCACACAGACAACAAAAUUUGUUCCAAUAUAAAUAUUAAUUUUAAAUUGAUGAUAAUCUGCGAAUUUUAUUUCCAGCAGUCUUAAGUCAGAACCACUAGUCACAAGUAUCAGUAAAUGAUUGGAUAUCUUUCCAUUUGAACUAAAAUAUGUUACUGUGCUCCUUCUGUUUACACUGGAUAGUUUUAGUUUGCAGCACUACUUGAUGCAUUUAAUAUUUGUGCCAGGCCUAAUGCCAAUUCAAAAAUAAACUCAGU